CAAAUGACAGGAUUUGGCAGAGUUCACCAAAUCGAUUGUUAAGCAGAUUGCUGUGGAUUUGAUGAGUAUACGUGAUUUGGGAGUGCGAAAAAUAGCAGUGACAGCACUAGAGCCCAUGGGAUGUCUGCCGCUCUUAACUUCCUUCCUUUCUUAUCAGAACUGCAGUGAAACGCUCAACUUGGCGUCGAUGUUCCACAACCAAGUUUUGCGCCAAAACAUGGAACAGUUAAAUAAGGAGUCUAACAAAUCUGCAUUUGUAAUCUUGGAUCUCUAUGGCGCAUUUUUGUCUGCAAUUAAGCCCCAGAAAGAUCAUCAAGGGAAAAUGACGGUCCAGAUUGAUGAUCCACUGAAACCGUGCUGUGUCGGGGUGAGCAGCGAAUACUCAUGUGGGAGUGUGGACCAGAGUACCGGAGCAAAGAAGUACGGCAUAUGCAGUAAUCCUGAGAGGUCUUUCUUUUGGGACACGGUGCACCUCUCUCAGAAUGGUUGGCAUGCUGUUUAUUGCUCUUUGAAAUCUUCUCUUCAUCAAUUGUAUUCGUGAUUUGUUCAUGCAUAAGUACGUAGUUGUCAACUUUGUUUGGCCCU